UACUUGCCUGACGCUUCACUCUGCUUUGCACAACUGGAAACCGCUCAACCCAGCAAGCGACCUCCCUCUCCCUCUUCGUCUUCCUUGCCUUGCCAUUGCCCUUCACCAUUUGGCGUGUCACCAUUUAGGUUUAACUUCUAUUUCAAUCUCCCCACUCGCCCUUCACACGCGUGGCUCUGCUGCAUUCAAUUUUGAGACGAAACCCGCCCACAAUUCCCCAUAUUCUCAAAGUGCACUCACUGUGGUUUAUGAUGUCAAAGCCAGCAUUUCGCAGAAGCUAAUCCCCGUCUCAACAACUUCUGCACCCGACUCUGAAGAGGAACAAAAGCAUCCUCGAAGAGAAAAGCAGAAGCUCUGUGAAAUAUUCGGCCCUCUGUACAAGAAUGGGAGAUAUGUAUAGCUAUGAUCAUACCGAUAAUCACAAUUUCCCCAUGUCUUCAACCUCAUCUCUUUCCUCAUCUUCACCUCAAGACGAAAUCUCUCUUUUACUGCAUCAGAUUCUCCUUCGUUCGUCAUCCUCGUCAGCAUCAUCGUCGCUGCUUGUGACCCACACGGCUAAAAACGCCCACACCUCGACGGCUGGACUCUGCAGUUCCCAAGCCACGCUAGAGAAUCCUCACCCUUCCGACCGAUCAUCACUUCUCCAUGGUGGGAUCUCCGUCGCUGAUUCCUCCAUUGGAGUAGGCGCUCCGAACGAUGCUUUUCUUUCCUCUCCGGGGACCUGUACGUUGGCCAAUAUGAAGGGCAGUUCAGCUGUAGACAUGCCUUCAUCUCUCGGAGUAAGUGAGAAUGAGUUGGACGAGUAUGAUUGCGAGAGUGAGGAGGGGAUCGAAGCAUUGGUGGAACAGCAGCCGGUAAAGUCAGUUCCUCCUCGGAGUUCAUCAAAGAGAAGCAGAGCUGCGGAAGUUCAUAAUUUGUCUGAAAAGAGAAGGAGAAGCAGGAUCAACGAAAAAAUGAAGGCAUUGCAAAAUCUGAUUCCAAAUUCAAACAAGACAGACAAGGCUUCGAUGCUGGAUGAAGCUAUUGAAUACCUGAAACAACUUCAGCUCCAAGUACAGAUGCUGUCAAUGAGAAAUGGUUUGAGUUUGCAUCCCAUGUGCUUUUCUGAAGACUUGCAGGCUCAGCGAUUUGGUCAGAUGAGGUGUGAGUUCAGUGAAGAAAACAGGUCUUUGCCUGUAAACACGGCAACUACUCUGCCUUUGACCCAAGAAAACCCCUUGCAAUAUGAGUCGAAAUCCAGUCUACCUGACAAACUCAGCACACAGGACCAACGAUUAGUGCCUCCUCCAUCGUAUAAAAUUAACCCAGAAACUUCUUACGGGCUAGAAUCCCCAGUUCUUCCGCAUAUAAGAUCCUUUCCACAGAAAAGAACUUCCGAGAUGCGUAACAAUGGGAUAUUGCGGCAGCAGAAAUUAAAUGUGAGCCAUUCAGAUUCCAAUCCUUUAGGUGGUUAUCAAGUAUCACACACCUUUGAUAUGCAAACGUCCGAGCAGAAAGACAAGGGCUUUGAAACAGCUGCGGGGAAAGAUCAAUUGGCAUUGAUCCUAAGAAAUAGCGUAAACAACGUUACUAUGACAUCGCGGCUUCGGAGAUUACAGGCGGGAGAAAGUAUAUGCGAAGACGACAUCAAGACAGAGAAACCUCGUUUGUGAAGCGUGCGAGGCUUUCGCUUGUUUU